UUUGUUCUCUUGUACUUCACUUAAAUUCUAUUUCUGGUUCUUCAUUUCGAUGUGUUGAACCCUCGGAGAUUGAAAAUUUGGCGAAAUCAAAGCAAACCCUGCCUCUGUUACAUCUGCCUGAUUCAAUUGUGGAAGAUAAGAUGGGGUUCAUCAUGGAGUUCGCUGAGAAUUUGAUUCUGAAAUUGAUGGAAGAUCCGAAGGAAAGGGAUCGCAAAUUUAGAGAGCACGUUUAUUCGGUGAAGGAUAGGUGCAAGAAGACGAAGGAGAUGUGGAGCUACCCUCUGCGACCUUACGGGUUUUGGACAUUCGAGCGCCAUAAUUCUCAGCUCGCUUGGGAUGCUCAAAUUAGUCAGACUCCUGGUCGGAGGGACCCUUAUGAUGACGUCCUUCAGCGAAACAGUGGUUCAUCUAAAUGAGGAGUGCUGGAUUUGUCGCAAAUUUUCAGAAGAAAAGAGUGGGUUUAUGAACUGUAUUCAUUUAUGCUGUUAAUUUCCUGUAUUGUUGCAGAGGUUUCAACUGACUUGCACCUCUUUACUGUUAUUUCAAAUAAGGUUCCAUGUUACUGUGACUAUAUGAAAGAAGCGAAUGUACUUUCUUGAUAUAAUGAUCAGACUAAUCAUCGUGCUAUCUGCAUGGCCCAUAGACGAUUCAACCGAGUUAUGAUGGUGUAACGUGCGUUUAGUAAUAGUAUUAA